AUGGGGAAGGCCGGGAGAUGGCUGAGGAGCAUCUUGGCGGGGAAGAAGGACGGCGGCAGGAGGAGGGGGAACAAGCAGGGGCAGUGUGACGCCACGCCUCUGGCCGAGCUGCCGGCAGCGUCGAGCCCGAGGGAGAAGAAGCGGUGGAGCUUCCGGAAGCCGGGGAAGGCCGCCACGCCGUCACCGUCGACCCCGGAGCCAAGCGCUGCCGGCGGUGUGUCCGUAUCGGUGUCGGAGCGCGAGCUUGAGCAGAGCAAGCACGCCGUGGCGGUGGCCGUAGCGACCGCGGUGGCUACCGAUGCCGCAGUGGCUGCGGCUGCCGCGGUGAUACGGCUGACGGCCGCCGAGGCGGAGGACGAGCUGUAUGCAUGCCCCAUCGAGGAGACCGCAGCCUCAAAAAUCCAGGCCACCUUCAGAGGCUACUUGGCCAGGAAGGCUCUAUGCGCGCUGAGGGGGUUGGUGAAGCUGCAGGCGCUGAUCAGGGGCCAGCUUGUAAGGAAGCAAGCACACGCCACGCUCCGCCGCAUGCAGGCCCUCCUCAUGGCGCAGACCCGCCUGCGCGCGCAGCGCAUGCGCAUGAUCGAGGACGAUGAUGGCUAUACAGCAAACGUCGCUACUACGGUCGAACGCCGGUCGCCGCAGCACCCAAGGCGCCGCCGCUCCUACGAGAUGGACAGGUCCGGCGAGGAGCACGCCAAGAUCGUGGAGAUGGACACUUGGGGCCCGCCUAGGCCGGGGCGGAGCAGCUGCUCGGUCGAGUCGAGGGAACGGCGGCGAGCAGAGUACUACGGCGCCGGCCAGUGCUCGCCCGCGCCGUCGGCGGCAUUCACCGAGCACUUCGAGUACUUGGAGCCGGCGACAGCGCGUGUGGGCCCGUACGUGCCGGCCUCCGUCGACGACGACGGCGAGUCCGUAUCGGAGUUCUUCCCCAACUACAUGGCCAACACCCAGUCGUCGCGCGCCAAGGCCCGGUCCCAGAGCGCGCCGAGGCAGAGGCCCUACUCGCCGUCGCCGCUCGACCGGCAGCCGAGCCGUCGCCGCGGCGGCGCUGCGCCCGUGCCGAGGAGCGUCAAGAUGCAGCGUUCGUCGUCACACGUCGGGGUGCCGUCCUCGGCAGCCGGCGACUACGCGCAGUACCAGCACCAGCACUACCCAUGGUCAGUGAAGCUGGACCGGUCCAGCGUGUCGCUCAAGGGCAGCGAGUGCGGGUCGACGAGCUCCGUCCUCACUGCGGCCACCACCGUCGGUUACUGCCGUUCCCUCGUCGGAUUCGAGGUGCAAAGAAGCCAGUACUGA